AUGGAGCCCCUGUUCCCAGACUCCACGCAGGGCCUGAACACCUCGGCUGACCCUGGAGGGGGCCCCAACGGGACGCAGGGAGCUCCGGCCCCCUCGGUGGGCACCCGGGCAGUGCUGGUGCCCUUGCUGUACCUGCUGGUGUGUGUGGUGGGGCUGGGCGGCAACACGCUGGUCAUCUACGUGGUCCUGCGCCACGCCAAGAUGAAGACGGUCACCAACGUCUACAUCCUCAACCUGGCUGUGGCCGACGUGCUGCUCAUGCUGGGGCUGCCCUUCCUGGCCACGCAGAACGCCGUCUCCUACUGGCCCUUCGGCCCCUUCCUGUGCCGCCUGGUCAUGACGCUGGACGGCAUCAACCAGUUCACCAGCAUCUUCUGCCUGACGGUCAUGAGCGUGGACCGCUACUUGGCCGUGGUCCACCCGCUGCGCUCUGCCCGGUGGCGCCGCCCGCGGGUGGCCAAGCUGGCCAGCGCGGCCGUCUGGGGCUUCUCUCUGCUCAUGUCGCUGCCGCUGCUGGUCUUCGCCGAUGUCCAGGAGGGCUGGGGCACCUGCAACCUCAGCUGGCCAGAGCCGGUGGGACUGUGGGGCACCGCCUUCAUCACCUACACGUCCCUGCUGGGCUUCUUCGGGCCCCUGCUCGUCAUCUGCCUCUGCUACCUGCUGAUCGUGGUGAAGGUGAAGGCGGCGGGCGUGCGCGUGGGCCACGCGCGGCGGCGGCGGUCGGAGCGCAAGGUGACCCGCAUGGUGGUGGUGGUGGUGCUGGUGUUCGUGGGCUGCUGGCUGCCCUUCUUCAUCGUCAACAUUGUCAACCUGGCCUUCACGCUGCCUGAGGAGCCCGCCUCCGCCGGCCUCUACUUCUUCGUGGUGGUCCUGUCCUACGCCAACAGCUGCGCCAACCCCCUGCUCUAUGGCUUCCUCUCCGACAACUUCCGCCAGAGCUUCCGGAAGGUUCUGUGCCUCCGUGGGGGCUACGGUGCAGAGGAUGCAGAUGCCAUGGAGCCACGGCUGGACAAGAGCGGGCGGCCACAGGAGGUGGCGCUGCCCGUGCGCAGUUGUGAGGCCAACGGGCGCGUGCAGACAAGCCGGCUGUGA